CCACUAGGCUACCUGAGUGUAGCCCAUAAGGGAAAUAGCAAGUGGAAUAAUUUACCUGCUGCGCAACCUGGCUAUAGAAUGGUUUGUCCUAGUCGAGUCCCAUAGUGUUGUCCUUGCUUGCGAUUGGUCAUCUCCCAACUGUUACACAAGACAUGAACAUGAUUUGUGUAUGCAGCAUGUACCGCAUUUGUGUUGAGCACAUUUUGCCUUACAGUUUACGUCAAAAGGUACUAGUGUAGUAAAUUAAACUGACCUCUACAUUUACAUGGUGUAAAUAAUGAGUGGUACAUCCUACAUGCAUUAAUUAUGGAAAAUGUAGUUUGACAAAGUACAUGAAGUCGUCCUAGCAGUGUAUUGGAAGUAAUUGCAUACACUACAUAUCCGAGCUUGCACCGCGUCGACAGCAGUCGUGUGUUGGUUCUCCAAGAUGGCGUCGUUGGGAAGGAGGCGCGGUGUCCAAGUCAACAGGGAGAGGGGAGUGAUGGCGGCAACGGACUGCUACAUCGUUCACGAGAUCUACAACGGGGAGAAUGCGCAGGACCAGUUUGAGUACGAGCUGGAGCAGGCACUGGAGGCACAGUACAAGUACAUUGUGAUCGAGCCCACGCGCAUUGGCGACGAGACGGCCCGCUGGAUCGCCGUAGGCAACUGCCUGCACAAGAUGGCCGUGCUGUCUGGUACCGCCUGCCUCCUGACGCCGCUCUCACUACCGCCCGAGUACUCGCGCUACGUAGCACUGCCCACUGGUGCCCUCAGCGUGGCAUGCUCCACCCUCUAUGGAAUCUCCUGGCAGUUCGAUCCCUGCUGCAAGUACCAGGUGGAGUACAACAGCCAAAAACUCUCGCGGCUGCCCCUGCACACACUCACCUCCUCCACGCCAGUGGUGCUGGUGCGCAGGGACGACAUCCACAGAAAGAGACUCCACAACACGAUAGCGCUGGCCGCCCUGGCCUACUGUGCCAAGAAGAUCUACGAACUCUACGCGGUAUGAGCACACUCUGAAGAGGUUUUAAAAAUAUAUAUACAUCAGGAAAAGGAGUCCGCCAAGUGGAAGCCAUGCGCACAGUCGAGGGUUUGCCCCUAGCCCCCCCCACCCCACUUGAGCGGGUGCUUCAUUUUGAGCUGUUUGAUGGAUAUAGUUAAAUCUAGAAGGAAUUAUUUUUACCUUCUAAUUUUCUUUACUUGUAAGUGACAUCACCAGUGCACUUAUCCAUAUGGAACCCUUGUGCCUCUUCCCCAUCCCUGUACCCCUCAAUACACUAAGUUAGUGCACAAGGGUAGCUAAGUAAAAAUAAAUAGACUGAAUCGUGUUGCAGUUGAAAUGGACAGACUUAAGUAUUACCAACAUUUGUCUAUUCCUUGUAGUUUACCUGUAUCCCUUUCUUGCUGAUCAGUACGUCACCCUUUCAUUAAACAUUAGGAUAUUUCAAACUCUC